CACCUGGGGGAGUACCUCUUUCACGAGUACCACCACUACCACCGCAAUGAGCGCCUCUACGUGAAGGUGGAACGCUGGAAGGUGACCAAAAGCAGUUGUGAAGAUAGUAAUGAAGAGGAAAAGGAGGAUAAGGAGAAAGAAGAAAAAGAUGAGGAAACGGAAGUGGCGGCUGAGGAAACCAAAACCGACAAGGAUGAUGAUGAUGAUGAUGAUAUGGAGCUGAGCGAGAGCGAGAAGGAGCUCAAAAUUCAGUCUUUAGGCGCCCUUAUAGCUCGAAAGGAAGUCGAGUUGCUGGAGCUGAUGCAGCGAAAGCUGAAGUGGUUCGAGGAAAACGCCUCCGAGCUGCUUGACAAAAUAAAGGCCUGGGAAGAGGCAAAUCAGGAUAACAUUGACAAUAAUAGCGACAAUGACAACACUGAGGAGCAGCAGCAGCAGCAGUCAUCGCAACCU